AUGUUUGCGAGUAAGACUAUAGUUUCAGGUGAAGUGAGCUCGCGGCUGUUGACGACGAUCCACACCGAUGAAGAUGAGAUCAGGACCCUUGGUGUGGUGCUCUCACUGGCAGGUGGUCUUAUGGUAUCUUUUGUGGUCGUGACAGGUCUCUAUAUCUACUGGCGCUGCUGUGGUGGUCGACCUUAUCGCAAACCUGCCGCAGUUUCGCUUACUUCUUUUCUUCCGCCCAGUCCACCACCUCCUUCCCUGUCUUCAAUCCAGACCCCGACUACCAAUUCAUGGACGCACGACCCACCACCAUUAUUACCACCUGCAGCAAUAUCAGCAACAGCAGGAGCGGCAGGAGCAGUCCAUCUGGAUAUGCCGAUUCCUUCAGCCCCUCCAGCCAAAGAAUUCAAUAUAACAACAACAGAAACAACAGGUUCACAUCAACACCAACACCAACAUUCACAUUCACAUUCACAUUCACAUUCACAUUCAGACUCACACGCAUAUCCCUGUCCUUGUUCAACAUCAAUUAUUGACCCAUGGAUUCAAGAUCUCCCACCAGUCUACACUCCACCCACACAUAUGAAAUAA